AAGAAGAAAAGUAGUUACAUAACCUAACCAUUUCGGAAUUUAAACGUUGACAAAAAUUUCAGGUAUUAUGGUAUUUGCAGAUUGUGAAAGUAUUGCGACAAAAAAAUUAGAAUGUUGCUCAAGGUUGACUUUGAAAAGCUGUUAUGUCUUGAGAAGCUAGUCAUUUCCGUAUUAUAGAAUCAUUCACUACACAAUGGGAGCUAGCAAGUUCUCUAAUACGGAGCAGUCGCUGUAUGACCCAGAGCUGCUUAAGAACUUGGAUUGGGCUUCGGUAAGCCAAAGCCUAACGCCCCCGAUAACAAAUGAAGAACCUGGCGAGUCCUGGCUUGUGGUGAGGCCCCUGAAAAUUUCCGACUACGAGAGAGGCUACCUGGAAAUUCUGUCGCAACUGACUACGGUGGGGAAUGUCACGAAACAGGAUUUCGAACGUCAAUUCUGGAAAAUGCACACGUCUGGAGGCUACUAUGUCACCGUCAUCGAAGAUAUUAGGGACGGGAAGAUAAUAGGAUCGUCCACUCUCGUCACAGAGUUUAAAUUCAUCCAUGACUGUGCUAUUAGGGGUAGGCUGGAAGACGUCGUCGUGAACAACGCCUAUAGAGGAAAACAACUGGGAAAACUGAUAGUUCUGACAGUGAGCCUUCUUGCCAAGAAACUCGGCUGCUACAAGAUGUCUCUUGACUGCAAGGACCCCCUCAUAGCGUUCUACAAGUCGUUGGGAUACAAGCUAGAACCGGGCAACUCCAACUCUGAGGAAGGACCAUCAAAAACCAUGGCAUUGGCAUUUAUACCAGUCUAUGAAAACAAAACUCAA